UAUACCAUCGCGUCGACCUCGACUGGGACUUGCGAGUUGGAAGGGAGCGCGGCACCUAUUUUUUUGAUCCUGGAACUGGACUUGGACUCCGCGCAUUUUUGUCACUCACCGGACUGAUCUUCUUCUGGCCAGGGUCUUGCGUCGCGACUUUGAGCAUAAACAGUAGUCUUUCGUGAUUCACUGUUAUUCUGGUUCUCUCACUCUAACAUCAAGUGGAAAGAGCAUAGAAGUCGCAAGUUGGACUAUUCAUAAUCUUGGUUGUAUUGUUCUUUUCUAUUGUUGCUGAACACAUCGUUCGUCAUCACCACAAUAGCGCUUUCCUCACAUUGUCAUUUCCUAUUCAGCAUGGUGGUUCAAAAAAGAUUGAAAAGGCGCAACGAAAAAGUUGCUGCCUCUUAUGUCGAGAAUGCUCUCAAACACCGAACUAUUCAAGCAUUUCGUGAUCUGAGCACUGCGCAUUGCGCCCACUGCCGACAAGACGCCCUUCGAAAAUUCAUGGAUCUGAAACGACGUCUACGCAAGAUGGAGAACACUACUCAAGUACGCUCAAAAAGCCUUCCACCUCCUAGCACAUCAACAUCUAAGGUUACAGACACGCCCAAAUUCACAAAAUCGCCUCAGGUCACAGAAACGCCGACCGUUACGCGAUCCAUUCCUCAAUCACCUCCGCAGAAGACACCUGCGAAGGCCGCUUCGGAGUCAUUCAAGCUAAGCAAGAAAAGAUCGAUCUCCGAGACCGAACCCGCGGACGCCAAGGUUGAGAAACAGACGAAAAAGUCUCGCAAGGAGGAUCCGCAAUCAGGAAAGCCAGGAGCGCACUCUCCAAAGGAUGCCAACCGCCAGUCUGCUACCGAAAAGAAGUCUACGCCGGUAGUCACACAGCAGAAGGACCCAAAACCGGAGUCCAAACCGACCAAAGUCCGCAAGGAAGAACCAUCCUCACACAAGGCUUCCAGAUCAUCUCUAGUGCCUACCGCCAAAGUCUCCCAAUCCUGGCCCGCAAGUAUCGGAAAGCAAAAGGUCAAAGGCUUGAGUAAUCCAAGCCAGUGGUGCUAUCGCCGCAGUGUACUACAGAGUCUCAUCGCAGUUCCUCAACUUUUCAAUGUCCUAGAUGAAUCGCACAGAUCUUGCCCCAAGCAAGGCAAAUGCGUCACAUGCGCCAUGCGACAGUUGCUCAUCAGUUAUCACACAUCUCCCGGCAACGUUGGUGCUCAGCUGGGUGCUCUUGACGGUGCCAUCAGAGCAACCGGAAAGUCAAGCGAUCCACGUUGGAGUGCUGUAGGCCAUACCCAAGAAGAUAGCCACGAUUUCCUCCAGUAUCUGCUUGGCACAUUCGAGAAGGCCAAGGGGAUCCACAAGGAUCAGUUUGCCUCGCUCUUCCGUAUCAAGCACAAAAUAUCCUGGACUUGCGAUGGUUGCAAGAAGGUGCACACCCACAGCGAUCCACCCGGCUUUAGUCUCAGUCUGCCCAUCCCCAAACUAUCAGGUACGGUCAACCUCACCAACUGUCUCGACACUUACCACCGCGAACCCAAUGUCAUCAUCCGCUGCGACAAAUGCAAGAAGAAUGUUAAGCGCACUCGCAUCUUCCAACUCGACAAUGCACCCGAUGUCCUGCCUAUCCAGCUCAUGCGGUUCGGCUAUGGUCCGCGUGGUUCUACCAAAAACAAGCAGCAUGUUGAUUACCCCGACGAACUCGAUCUAUCUCCCUGGGCAGUCGACAGAUCAAGGCCAUCCAAGUACCGCCUCCAGGCUAUAGUCGCACAUUCUGGAUCGCUUAAGUUCGGCCAUUACAUCGCAUACGUCCGCAGUGCCGAUGGCAUCAAAGAGAUCAGCGAUUCAUCCGUCCAGAGCAGCAGUGCCAAAGAGUGGAGAAGACCAACGUCAGGAUUCGACCCAUACAUCUUGGUUUACAUCAAGCAGUAGAACCGGUCGCGUUGCCAUGCAUUUCGGGAGCGUUGCGUAGCAGGGCAUUGAUGCAUUCUAUUUCCUUUGUCAUCCAUGUAAUCUUAGACCGCGCAUAGCAUCGGGCUGGCGCAACAACAUAGAAAGCGCUUGGGCUAUAGAUCUGCUUGUUCCGUACAUGAUUACCACAUUAUAUUCGCUUUGACCUUGAAACACGACAUCUAGCGCACCA